CCGCCUCUGGGCCUUGGACGCCGCGCGCGGUGCACAGGCGGCGGGCCGGGCCCGGCGGAUGGGAAGCCCCUGGGCGCGCUGAGGGGCUGGACGACGCGCAGCCGAGAAAAUGAUGCAUCCUGUUGCCAGCAGUAAUCCAGCUUUCUGUGGGCCUGGCAAGCCUUCCUGCCUCACUGAAGAUGCCAUGAGAGCCACCGAUCAGUUUGACAUAUAUUCCUCCCAGCAAAGCAAGUACAGCCACACGGUCAGCCACAAACCCAUGGUUUGUCAGAGGCAAGACCCGUUAAAUGAAACACACUUGCAGACUACAAGUGGCAGAAGCAUAGAGAUAAAAGAUGAACUAAAGAAAAAGAAAAAUCUCAACCGAUCUGGUAAGCGUGGCCGGCCUUCGGGAACCACCAAAUCAGCAGGAUACCGGACCAGCACAGGCAGACCCCUGGGGACCACCAAAGCAGCUGGAUUUAAGACAAGUCCAGGCAGACCUCUGGGUACGACCAAAGCUGCGGGAUACAAAGUCAGCCCGGGGAGACCUCCAGGAAAAAAGCAGCAAGCCUUCAGGUGUUCCAGUGAUGCCUGACACAGUGAGCUGGACUUUAUGCUGCUCUUUACAGGAAGAGAUGUUGCAUUGUGCCUGGGCACGGUAACCUCAGCAUCAGCUUUGCACAAGCAAACCCUAGAGAACAAUGUUGGGUGACUAUGUAAUCAGUUGUAACCUUCUGGCAGCUAAAUUGCUACAAGAGUUACUUCUUGCAGAAGCUUAAAAUUUAAAACUUUUAAUAUUUCCUCACAACAGUAUAACUUCUGACAUACACAGAUGCUUUCAUUUUUACUCAUUUGUUCAUCUGCUCACUUUUCUUACGUGUCUGUCGUUUAGCUGUUUCUCAAAGUGAUGUUCAGCAGUUAGCUGCUCAGAGAGCCUCUCUGAAGGCGCUUGUUUGAGCACCCUGCCGUAGGGUAGUACACAGUACACACCGCUGUCAGAGAUGUGGUUGCAUAUUGUAUUUUAUAGGAAAUCCAUUCCCCUUCCGGUUUGCUUUCAGUCCUGAUUUUGUUAUUCAUAUUCAUUUUCUGCCCUGCCCUUUCCUACGUUCAUUCCCCUCUCCCCAUCCUCCAGCACAUCUACAGUGGUGCUGUACUGUGUCAGGAGACAAAGCAGGUGUAUUAUUGUAUAAUGAAUUUUGUAUACAUGUUUAUGAAAUGGUGAGAUCAGCUAAAGGGAGUAUGUUCUUAAAAGUGUAUAUUGUUAAGAGCUAUGUGGGGGGUGGGGGGUGAAUGGUUACAGUUGUGAAUGAGUAACAUCUUUCAGGCAGCUGGAUUCACUGUGCUGUGAGCAGUUACCUGAGCUGGAGUGUUAGCUGUAUACACUGGUGAGCAUCUCCUGUCUACUUAGCUUCUCUUCUUAUGAACAGUUCCCUGGUGCCAUGCUGAAGAGAAGGACGUCUAAGUGAUGAUAUGAAUGAAGUCUUCAGAUAUAAAAUAUUUUUACUUCUAUAUAAUCGAAAGACCACAUUGUGCAUCUUUUGUAACACUGUCUCUUGUCAUGAUAAACACUGAAAUAGCAUGUUAAACAGUUGCCUAUACUUUAAUAUAAUCAAUUGGGGAAAACUCGCCAUCCCCUCCCACUGUAUGAUUGUUCCUUGAGAGGUAAAUUGCUAAUUUUAUACUGUGUAAUUCUGUCUUUACCAAAUAGGUUUCACUAUUCUAUGUUAAAACUCUUGGUCAGAAAAUGAUCUAUUCAAGUAAGGUUGCUUUACUUUUUUCUUUAAAAAAUAUUUUAACAUGCCUUAUUUAUUAUUCUUAUAUUAACAAAUAAGGAACUAGUACAGAUGAAAUUUUCAUUUUUUGACAGAUAUAACCUUGCAUAACUGAUCUUUAGUACGGGAUGAUUUUGAUACUAUCUUUGGAGUUUUGCACUGGAUAUUAAAAAAAUACAUUGGCACCAUGUAUUACAAGAAAAGAAGUAGCAUCUGGUUUAAUUUUUAAUAUUUGGGGACUUUUUUAAAUCACUGUUUCAAUUAGACUAAGAAUUCUUUAUAUUUUUAUUUACUUUUUAAAAGAAACAUCUGUCAAAGUAAUCCUCAUUCCAAACUGGUAUUUGUGCGAAUUUGCAUAUAUAUUUUCACAAACUAAGAAUAGUUUUUUGAGUUAAGAAAGGGGAAAACAUCUGGAUCCAUUUAUUAGGUUAAGAAUGAUCCAUCUGGUGUUAGAAAUAACCACAGUGUGUGAACUACAGAAAAAAAAAAUUGAACUUGUUUAUAUUCUAGGAAGCUGUAAGAACACUUCAGGGGUUGCGGAUGAUCAUUGUUAGUCGUUGUCUCUGUAUGCAGUGAAAUGUUGGGAUCCCUUGCUAGUGAACUAGGAGAAUUCACAACAGUUACUCAAAACAGUUUUUUCCUUGGACAUGAAAAAUUGUGAUGCUGGUUUUUUUUUUUUUUUUUAAUGACUUAACUAUAUGCUCUUCAACUCUAGGAUGUAUCUUGAUCUUUCCAUUGCUUUUUGCCCCUCCUCCUUUCAGGUAGACAAACUGUGCUCUCACAUAUUAUGUGUUUAUUUUUUGGAGAGUUUAAUGCUGUAGUAAUUCAAGUGUGUGAUUUAAAGUAAUCAGUUCACUUUGAUUCUUUAAGUUUUCACAAUUUCCUUUUCACAGAUAAUUAUGGAGAAAGAUAAUUACCGAUUAACUGAUACUAAGCACGCUGUCCUCUGCUGUAAAGAGUCUGAAUAGAUAACUGUAUGUUAUAUGUCCAUGAACUCGAGCUACUCGUGUGCAAUUAUGUGUAUGGGAAUGGAGUAGUGUUCAUGAUCUGUAUCUACAUCAUCAUAUGGAUGUAUAUUUAUUAAUAAAGUCACUACUUUAAAACCAA